AUGGAGAAGCCAGCAUCACCGACGCGCUUGGAGCGAGUCGCCCCGGACUCGGCCCAGGUUGGAGCUCCCGUGGUUGAGACCUCCUGGCUCGAGCGCAAGGUGAAGCCGAGUCGCAUCAACCAUCGGUAUCCUUUCAGGGGGAAACCUCUUUUGUGGAUGACAUGUGCUUUUGGGAGCUUGGGCGAUGCUCUUUUCGGAUACGACCAAGGAAUCGUCGCUGGCCUGCUGGUCAACCCAGUAUUUCUAGCGCGGUUCUUUCGCGACCAUGGCGGAGCCGAUGGGACGAGUGACAAUAUCGACCCGUCCAUCACGGGCAUCCUCGUGGCCUGCUUGCAGAUUUCGGCUGCCGUUGGCUCGCUUAUCGCUGGGCGAGUCGGAGACAUGGUCGGCAGAAAGAAGUGCGUGCGUCUCGGCGGCUUCAUCUACUUUGCAACCGCCUUCCUCCAAGCCUUUGCACCCGACUUCAAGAUGUUCAUUGCCGGCCGGACCAUCCAGGGAUUGGGCGUGGGCUUUCUCUCCAUGACCGUGCCAGUCAUUCAGACAGAGAUUGCCGCGCCGCAUCGCCGCGGCCUCAUGGUCGGCAUCGAGUACACAUUCCUCAUCGGCGGCUAUGCCCUGUCUACGUGGGUUGACUUUGGGUUUCAUCACCUGAUUCCACAGAGUGAGUCAUGGCAGGGGCCGUACUUUAUACAGAUGGGGCUGGCCUUCAUCCUGGUUGCCAUGUCCUUCAUCCUGCCGGAGACGCCGCGCUGGCUCGCCUCUAACGGGUUUCCGAAAGAAUGUCUUCAGACCAUCGCCGACUUGCACACGCCCGACGGCAACACGCAGUGCCCUGAGGUGCAGCAGGUCAUGUUAGAGAUUACAGAAGCGGCGCGAUACGAAGCCACCCUUGGGCAGUCGUCGUGGUUGGAAAUGUUCACGCGCUAUCGAAAGCGCACCUUGGUGGGCAUCACGGCCCAAAUGUUUGCCCAACUCAACGGCAUCAACGUCAUCUCAUUCUAUCUCCCAACGACGCUGGCCAGUGCGGGUUUUACUCAGGAAAAGUCGCUGCUAUACACGGCGGCCAACUCCGUGCCCUAUGUUGCCGCCACGAUGCUCAGCUGGUGGCUAGCGGAUGCAUGGGGCCGACGACCUUUGCUUCUGCUUGGCGGCGUUCUCAUGGCCAUAGCGCUGUGCAUGGUUUGUGCCUUUACGGAGGCGACUUUGCAAGACCCCAACGUGCGGGCACACCUCAUUUACGCUUUCGUGGUGAUCUACAACGCCAUUUAUGGCUUCACUUGGGGACCAAUUCCAUGGCUUCUACCUGCUGAGAUAUUCCCGCUGAGGGCACGGAGUAAGGGCAUGGCCCUAGCCACGUGCUCCAACUGGCUCUUCAAUUUUGUCAUUGGCAUGUCCGCACCGGAUGCGUUCGCAGGCAUCGGCGGCUAUUACUACGUCAUUAUUGCUGGCUUCUGUCUUACAUCGGUAGCACUCGUGUACUUUUAUUACGUCGAGACGGCGAGCCAUACUCUGGAGGAGGUUGCGUUAGCUUUUGGAGACAAGGCUUUCGCGGCGGAUGACGAGGUCAUUGUCGCCACGGCUCGGCUUCAUCGCGAUAGUGGUAUCGUGAGAGCAUCGGCAGUGUGA